CUUUACAAAAUAAAAGCUGCGAGCCUUCUAAGCGACAUUUCUGCGCUCAGCUGCAAGAAGAGUGUAAUAAGUGCCUUAUUUCACUUUAUUCCGACCAUUUGUCAUGACUUUACGUGCUCGUCUGAGAAACAAUGAAGGCGCGCUCCUCUUGGACGGCGGACUAGCGACACAAUUGGAGGCUCAAGGUGCGAAGUUGCAGGGAGACCCCCUGUGGAGCGCCAGGCUUUUGCACAGCGACCCCCAGGCCAUUAGCGACGCCCAUCACAGCUUCCUCCUGAGCGGCGCCGACGUGAUCACCACGGCGACCUACCAGGCCACCAUUCCGGGCUUCGUCCGACAUUUAGAGGUGAGCUCGGACGCCGCCAGGGAGCUGCUGGCGUCCGGCCUUCACCUCGCCAAACAGACGGUGGCCGCCUACGCGUCCCAGGCUGCCUUGAGAGGCCGAGCGUGUCCGCUGGUGGCGGUCUCAGUGGGACCCUAUGGCGCCUCUCUGCAUGACGGCUCAGAGUACACUGGUGCCUACGCGCAGACCAUGAGUGUUGAGGAGCUCAAAUCCUGGCAUCGGCCUCAGCUGGAAUGUUUGGCGGCGGCGGGAGCGGACCUGCUGGCGUUGGAGACCAUCCCGAGUGUGAAGGAAGCCCAGGCGCUGGUGGAGCUCCUGAGAGAAACGCCCGACUGCCAGGCCUGGCUCUCCUUCUCCUGCAAGGACGGGGCGCGCGUGGCCGACGGCAGCCCGUUCGGCGACGGCGUCCGCGUGGCCGGCAGGUCGCCGCAGGUGCUGGCCGUGGGCGUCAACUGCUGUCCUCCCGAGUGGGCGGAGCCUCUGCUGGCCUCGGCCGCGACGCUGAAGAGUCCUGACGUGAGCUGGGUGGUGUACCCCAACAGCGGGGAGGAGUGGGACUCGGAGCGAGGAUGGCGAGCAUCAUCUGUGAAAACGUCGAUACCGGCAUUAAGUCACACGUGGAUCAAACAAGGCGUCGCUUUGAUCGGUCAAAUGUAGUGACUUUUUAGUCUAACAUAUGGCGAAGGACCAUUGUCAAACACUAAGUGUGGAUACAGGUAGUGAGUGUGCCAUACACUCAUUUACCCAUCACGACCUCAAACGUCUUUCAGCAGCUAAAGAAGCACUUCCCGAUAAACACAGUUUGGCAAUCAAACCACACACAAAAAAAACAGUAAACUGACACCGCAAUGUUUGUGUACUUGUGUGGGUCAGGGGGCUGCUGCCGCGUGGGUCCCCAUCAAAUCGCCGAGCUGGGAACACAUUUGAAAGCGGCGCACCCGUGACAACGUGAGCGGCGGACAACGGCCCGGGGAGUUGAUUGGAGACGUCAUUUAUUGUAAAAUGAAUAAACAGCAAACGUGUACGUGACUCAGCGAUGAUGUAAAAAUA